ACUGGUGGUUGGGCAGAAAGCAUUUUAGCUGCAUUUGUGGUGUUCCCCAGCCCAACCCUCACACGCUGUGUGAAUGUCAGAGUUGUGCAAACAGCAGUGGGACGAGCAGCUUAAGGGACUUCAGGAUAAGCUAGAACAUCCAGCUGCUUGCAAGCUCUGGUAAACACGCUUUUCCUGUAGUGAACUGUGGGACGUGCAACUACAGCAGAUUUCAGGACUGUCUCCAGAAACAGUUACUAGAUGCUGUGCCAUAGCAGCAGUCCUUGUUCUGAAAAAUUUUGAAUGGUUUUAAGUCGACUGAAAAUAAGCUCAUGCACCAGUCUAUCAACUGCCUGCUUUGAACAUAACUUGACCAGGAUGCAGCAAAGGCCCAAACUCAAAUGCAGAAAACAGCGUCUGUACAUAGCAACGCUGUAUCAGCACUGGAUCUGAACACUCCAUAUGCAGAAAUGAUUUGGCAACUAGCAUCUUACUGGUCACCCCUGGUUACACUCCUGAUUUUUGGUCUGCUUCUGCAGCCACCAGUCACACAGCUUUCCAUCAUCACACAGCCAAACAUUGUUCUGUUGAUGGCUGAUGACCUCGGCAUAGGGGAUGUAGGUUGCUAUGGGAAUGAUACUAUCAGGACCCCGAACAUUGAUCGCCUGGCAAAGGAAGGAGUGAAACUGACCCAACACAUUGCUGCAGCUCCACUUUGCACCCCCAGCAGAGCAGCUUUCCUCACUGGCAGAUAUCCCCUCCGAUCAGGGAUGGAUGCUACAAACAACUACCGUGUUAUUUUUUGGAAUGCUGGCUCAGGAGGCCUUCCUCCAAAUGAAACCACUUUUGCCAAAAUACUGCAGAAGCAAGGCUACAGCACAGGACUGAUAGGGAAGUGGCAUCAAGGUGUUAACUGUGAAUCCCGCAAUGACCAUUGCCAUCACCCUUUAAAUCAUGGAUUUGACUAUUUUUAUGGGAUGCCUUUUACGCUAAUAAGUGACUGUCAACCAACAGAAACACCGGAGAUGGACAGAGCCUUUAGAAGGAAACUCUGGCUUUCUACUCAAAUGAUUGGCCUCAUUGCACUCACUGCUGCCCUGGGAAGACUGACCGGCUUGAUUCCAGUCCACUGUAAAACACUGAUCUGCCUUGCUGGGUUUAGUCUCCUGUUCUUUGUAUCCUGGUUCUCAAGUUAUGGGUUUGUUCGCUACUGGAACUGCAUUAUGAUGAGAAACCAUGAAGUUACUGAGCAGCCAAUGGUGACAGACAGAACUACAUCCCUUAUCUUGAGAGAGUCCAUUUCAUUUAUUGAAAGAAAUAAGCACAAGCCAUUCCUCCUCUUUCUUUCCUUUUUACAUUCCCACACCCCUCUCCUCACCACAGAGAAGUUCCUUCAGAGGAGCAGACAUGGUUUAUAUGGAGACAAUGUAGAGGAGAUGGACUGGAUCGUGGGCCAGGUUCUAGAUGCUAUUGAUAAGGAAGGUUUGAAAGAUACUACACUAGUUUACUUUGCCUCUGAUCAUGGUGGAUGGCUGGAAAGACAAGAAGACAAAAGGCAGCUGGGUGGCUGGAAUGGAAUAUACAAAGGUGGAAAAGCUAUGGGAGGCUGGGAAGGAGGAAUUCGUGUUCCAGGCAUAUUUAGAUGGCCAGGAGUGUUACCUCCAGGAACAGUUAUUGAUGAACCUACAAGCCUUAUGGAUAUUUAUCCUACAGUAGUUCAUCUGGCUGGAGGGGCAGUGCCUCAGGACAGGAUAAUUGAUGGCCGGGAUCUGAUGCCUCUACUGCGAGGAACGGUUGUGCACUCAGAGCACGAGUUCCUGUUCCACUACUGUGGCAUUCAUUUACAUGCUGUGAGGUGGCACCAGAAAGACAGUGGAGCCAUUUGGAAGGCUCACUAUGUGACCCCUAUCUUCAGUCCUCCUGGAGCUGGGGCUUGUUAUGAUAGAGGAUUUUGCCCAUGUUUUGGGGAAGGUGUGACCCACCAUGACCCUCCGUUGCUGUUUGAUCUCUCACGAGACCCUUCUGAAGCCAAACCUCUCUCGGCUGACAUUGAGCCCCUCUUUGACACUGUCAUAAGGACAAUUGGAAGAGCCAUCGAAGAGCAUCGCAGGACACUGACUCCAGUCCCAGAGCAGCUCUCCGUGUACAACGUGGUGUGGAAGCCGUGGCUGCAGCCAUGCUGUGGGACAUUCCCAUUCUGCUGGUGUGAUAAGGAAGGUGAUAGUAAACUUGCUGACCUGUAAAGGAUGGAAAGAGAUACUUCCUCAGAAAUGUAUUUAGAUUAAGAGUGUUUCCUUUCGGGGUGUUGAUCAGUGGGUCAUUUGUUUCUCUAAAUGGAGCCUUUGUAUAAGAAUUGUUCCAGUGAAUGGCACAGUAUUUAGUAAAGGUGGCUAUAGGCUGGACUCUCUCAGGUAGGGAUUAAGACAGAAUGCUCUGAAGACUAUGUUUUAACUUGCAUCUGCUGACAACUGAAUGAAUAGUUCAAAUGCACCGAAGCAGGUAAAGAUUAGAUCUGUACAAGUAAUGAUAUAACUUACGUUUUGAUGAUUACGAAUGUACGCUCAGAAGCUUUGUUUUGGUUUUUUUGUGCCGAAUUUCUACGUGAGUCCUGGACUGAGGUCUUCCUUAAUUUUGUUAUCAUUACUGGUGAUGUAUAAGGUGCUCCUAU